UGACGUUCACGUCACAAUUUUGUAUUUCGGGUUUUGGUUUUGUUUCCACUUCGCCAAUGAAGCAUAGGAGAGUUGUAUUAUAAAAUAAAAAUAAUAAAAUAUACUCGUAGCCGAAAAACUGGUUGUAGCUAGAUAGUUUUAUGAUGGCCAUCGUUACUAAAUUUAAACGUUUUUCAUUGUAAUAGCUUCUUGUUGAACUAUCAGUGCAGUGCUUACGUUGACCACAUAUGAUUAAUUGUUGACAUUAGGUAUUUUACCAAAAAUAACCGUGAAGCUCUUCAAAAAUAAUUCAUAGUAUUAACAAAAGAUAAAAAUGAAGAAUGGCAGACAUCUGUGAUACCAACUUUGUUAAGGAACUUCAACGCUAAAAAAACAUGGCAAUAACACAUGAGCCUUCCAAUUUUCCUUGGUGCAACUAUAAGUCCAUAAUGUGAUGACAAAACUUCCCGAAACUCUUUCAGUUCCUUUUUUAUUCAGCUGUUGACGACGAUAAAAAUACAGAUCAUCGCAUACAGUUCCGGUUCCUUUUUUAUGUAGGUAAUAAACGUUGACGACGGUUAGUUUCUAGUGUGUAGAACAAAUUUGACAACCAACCAUUGUAGUGUUCAAUCUUGGAAGUUAUUUGGGUUUUAAUGUUUUUUGACGUCAACGUUUACUCUAGUAUGAGGGUGUUUUCCACGCAGAUAAACUAAUUCUAUUUACAACAUAACUCUGACAAUUUAACGUUGUAGUCUUCGAUACUCUAGACCGUGAUUUGGGUGGAGGUUUCUGACAACGUUUUCUCUAGUAUGAGGGUGAUUUCCAUGCUGAUAACCUAAUUCAAUUCACAGCACUCUGACGACAUUGUAGUUUGGUAUCGCACACUGGACGUGAUUUGGGUUUGGCGGGUUUUUGACUACGUUUUCUCUAGUAUGAGGGUGUUUUCUACGCCGAUCGUUUAACCUAACCUAACAAACAGGAAGUGUGGUGAUUUUUAUAUGUGUGAGGUGUUAGAGUGUGAGUGACAAUGUUCAGAACUAAGGUGCGUAUGCACACGUUCAAAGUGAUCCUGCUGACGUCACUGGUGUGGUUUCUGAUUGACGUCAUUGUGCUGACGUUCUACACGGACUGCAUGGGCCGCGGAUGCGGGAAGGCGGGUGACGAGGCGGCGGUUGAUAGUGAAGCUGCGACGGAGUUCCCGCAAGCGGCAGCGGGACUGGAGGCGGGGAAACGCCUCUACCAGAGCUGGGAGCUGCGGCGCUGGAACCCCGUGCCUCCAGUGAGGGAGCAGUUCGGCAAGCCUGGAGAAAUGGGCAAGGCGGUGUCCAUUCCGGCCGACCAGCACGAUCUCAUGAAGGAGAAGUUUAAACUCAAUCAGUUCAACCUGUUGGCCAGCGACAUGAUUUCGUUGAACAGGUCGUUGACCGAUGUUCGCCAGGAGGGAUGCAAGGACAAGGUGUACCCUGGUAAGCUGCCGACCACGUCCAUAGUGAUAGUGUUCCACAACGAGGCCUGGUCGACUCUGCUGCGCACCGUCUGGAGUGUCAUCAACCGAUCGCCCCGCCCCCUCCUCAAGGAGGUCAUCCUUGUCGACGAUGCCAGCGACAGAGAACACCUUGGCAAGCGGCUGGAGCGGGAGACAGCGCUGCUGCCGGUGCCGGUGCGGGUGUUCCGGACUGAACGGCGGUCCGGGCUGAUUAGGGCGCGCCUGCUGGGUGCCAAACACGUGAAGGGGCAGGUCAUCACAUUCCUCGAUGCGCACUGCGAGUGCGCAGAAGGCUGGCUCGAACCGCUGCUCGCCAGGAUUGUCGAGGAUCGGAAAACAGUGGUGUGUCCUGUCAUCGAUGUGAUAUCGGACGAAACGUUCGAGUACAUCACAGCUUCGGACAUGACUUGGGGCGGUUUCAACUGGAAACUCAACUUCAGAUGGUACCGAGUGCCUCAGCGGGAAAUGGACCGUCGAGGAGGGGAUCGUACCGCCCCCCUGCGCACCCCCACAAUGGCGGGUGGCCUGUUCUCCAUUGACAAGGAGUACUUCUACGAGUUGGGCUCCUAUGACGAGGGCAUGGACAUCUGGGGAGGCGAGAAUCUUGAAAUGUCGUUUCGGAUCUGGAUGUGCGGCGGCUCACUGGAGAUAUCCACGUGUUCGCACGUGGGCCACGUGUUCCGCAAGUCGACGCCCUACACGUUCCCAGGCGGCACGUCGCGAGUCGUCAACCACAACAACGCGCGCCUCGCCGAGGUCUGGCUCGACGAAUGGAAGCACUUCUACUACGCCAUCAAUCCAGGUGCAGCCAGUGUGGCAGUGGGCGAUAUAAGCAAGCGCAAAGAACUGCGUCAAAGACUGAAAUGCAAAUCGUUCCGUUGGUAUCUGGAGAAUGUCUAUCCGGAGUCACAGAUGCCUUUAGAUUACUACUUUUUAGGCGAGGUAAAGAAUGCAGAAACGAAGAACUGCUUGGAUACCCUGGGUAGGAAGAGCGGGGAGCAGGUGGGCAUGAGUUAUUGCCACGGUUUGGGCGGAAAUCAGGUGUUUGCGUACACAAAGCGACAGCAGAUAAUGUCUGACGACAACUGUUUGGAUGCAGCUAGCCCGGAUGGACCCAUCAAGCUGGUGCGAUGUCACGGCAUGCAGGGCAACCAGAACUGGGUCUACAACGAAAAGGACCAGACAAUAAGGCACGUUAACACCGACCAGUGUCUACAGAAGCCGGACGUCAAGGACCCCUCCACACCACUGCUGCGACGGUGCGACCAGAGUCUCGGCCAGGAGUGGGUCAUGAAGAGCAAGUUCAAGUGGCAGGCUAGUUGAAAUUACCCACAAAUCUUGUCUAGUUUCGAAAAUUAUUGGCUAUAUCAGCUGUUGCUUUGAUUUGAAGAAGACUGUCGAGUAUCGAAGAUGAUAUCGAGUAUCGAAUUCGGUAUCGAGUAUAGAAGUUGGUCAACGACUAUCGAAGUGGAAUCGAUAGUAUCGAAUUCGGUAUCGAUUAUUGAAGUGGAAUCGAGAGUAUCGAAGAUUUUUUGUUUAAAUCGAUGCACUUUAUACAUUCUAGUUUUAAAAUGAAUUAAUUGACGAGUUAUACGAUUCCUUUUGAUCAUAGAGAGAUUCCGAACAAAAAUAUUGCAUUUUUAUAUUAUAUGUUUGACAUUUUUUACGAUGAUAAUUAUUAUUUUGAGAAUUUGACCUGUUUUCUUAUCACUGACGACAUUGUCAGAGUAAACUUUUGUUUCUAAAACAAUAAAACAUAUGAAAGAUGGAUUUCUGAAAUCCGAUUUUUUGUGUAUUUGACACGGCCAGUAAAAACUGAUUGUUUUCUAUUGGAGUUUUAGAAUUUCAAAUAAAUUAAUGAAUUUGUUAUGAUUAAUGUAUUUUAUUUUUGUUAUAGUUUUUUUAUUGAAUGACUGACUGUGUACUUUGAGUACAUUUCUUAGUUUCAUCAACGUAUUCGAACAAAUAAAAUAAAUGAAUUGAAUGGUUUCUAGAGAAGAAGUCCCACAGAAACAUAGAAUUAUCAUAUUGAAAAAUGUUUUCACCCAUUGUGGACUCUUGGCGUGAUUAUGUUAAUGAUAUUUCAUAAAAUAUUGAUUCCAGCUGCCAAUGGGUUUUAAUAAUUUUAAUUACAUUGCUCUUAGGAUCAGCAUAUUAUAUACCGGGUGAUUCAAGAAGGACUUUACAACUUUGAAAAUGCAUAUAAAUCUUAUUAAACAAGGUACAGUGCUGGUUUUGGUUUUGUUUUAAAGGAAAACACUUCAAGUUUUUUUUAACUUAAACUAAAAAUGUUCUAUGUGACUUCCGUUGGUUAUCCUGCAGACAUCCCAUCGAUAGUCGAUUUCUUCGCAGACUCGCACUAGCAUUUCAGGUGUAACUUGCUCAACAGCAGCGCAAAUCCUUGCUCUAAGUUUAGGUAGAGUGACUGGCAAAGGAGGUAUGUACACCAUAUCUUUUAUGAAACCCCACAAGAAAAAAUCCAGCGGUGUUAGGUCUGGGGGAACGAGGGGGCCAUGCAAUUGGCGCAUUACGGCCAAUCCACUGAUUUGGAAAGCGGUCAUUAAGAAAAUCCCGUUCGAUCCCUGAGGAUUUAGUAUGUUUUACUGAACACCCUGUUUCUACAAAACAUUAUGCCACUCAUAAAUUGUAGGCCUACUAGGAGGAUAUUCAGUGUACUUGGUACGAAAAUUACGUUGAACUGUUGUCGCAGACUUGGAUUCUUCAAACCAAAACACACAGCUAGCACGCUCGGGUCCAGUGAAGCCAGUGAUCUUUGACGUAACUGCCACUAGCGCUUGUGCGGCGCGACCAGGCACUAGCGGACUACGCGAGUCAAAACUUGUAGUGUUUUCCUUUAAAACAACACCAAAACCAGCUCUGUGACUUGUUUGAUAAGAUUCAUAUGAUUUUUCAAAGUUGUAAAGUCCUUCUUGAAUCACCCGGUAUAUUAAGAGAGUUUGAAAAUUUCACCUCUGUUGGUUAAACCUCUUAGGCAGAUUUUCAUCAAGAAUCAAUGAACAGCAAAUCUAAUUUGAUUUCUUUGGUCAACUUUUCAAAUGAAUAAAAAAUAAAGUUUAUAACUGGCAAAUUAUAUCAAUUUCUUGAACUAUUUGCAAAAUGUUCUUCAAAUACUUGCAGCUAUCCAAUAAUGUGCCAUUUACUGUACCAGCUUUGUGAAGAAACGUUUCUAUUAUUUUCUUGACAAACGAUUCACAGUUUUUUAGCAACUCUGUCUCGUAUCGUUAGGAAAAUACUAAAUAAAAAUUUGCUAGCUAACCAUUGCUGGCUGAAUCGUAUGGUGCGUAUAUUCUUAGGGGUUAUUUUGGGCUUAUGUUAUGGGAAUAUAGACUUUGAGUCGACUAUAGCAAUGGUUAGUUUCACACCUUGACUUAUACUGAGUGAUUAAAGGUCAUGAAUCUUAUUAGAAUAUACAUAUAAAUGAUAUACUGUAUGCAUAUAAAUGCGUUUAAAGUAAGAGUUGGAAUAUAUUCAUCAGAAUAUGCUCCUCUUGAGUAUCUAUAUAUUUUUUCCAACAAGAUAAAGUUUAAAAUCUUGAUUUGUUUCCUGUCUGAAGCUCUUCUACAAGUCAAAGCAAAAUCUAUGAUUAAAAAAAAUAUAUAUCAAACAAUCAUUCUUGGGUGCCUUUAGAAUAUUAAUAUAAUAAGUGGGGGCUGGUCUCUUCCCCAACAAAAAAUGGUGUUAUUCCAUACUAGACAAUAACUAUAAAAUUUCAAAUUUGAAAGUAAUGGUUAGAGUAUUUGAAUCUACUGUAGUACAGUUUAAUUAUAUUAUAAUUCUUGACAUAUCUUUGACUAAUUGUGUAAUUGUUGUGUACAGUGAUAAUUGAUUAUUGUAAUGCACAUUACGGAAGUAUUUCGUAUUUACUGCUGAUAAAUUAUUAGAAUAAGAGUGGAAUGGAAUGAAGCAGCUAAGUAUUCAAUUAAAUUCUAUAUCAUAAAUGUAUUAUUCUAUAGUCUGAAUAAUUAUAAAUUCUAUUUGUUAUGAUAUGUAGUAUUCUAUAUUUUUGAGGAAUGGAAAUUCUACACAGCUAUUCUGUAUAGAAUUGCAUACUAAAUUAUAGAAUACAAACAAUGCUUCACAUCUAUUGAAAUAUAGAGAAUAUAGUUUUGUUUUUACACAAUAUUAUUAACUUCCUCUACAUUUAUUCUGCCGAUUUUCAGAAUCUUGCUACAUUCAUGCUCUUGUUUCAUUAAUUGCUAUCAGUAUCCAAACACAAAAAAAAUUAUUUACUUAUUUUUAAAUAAAAAAUCAAUCUCUUAAUUGUCAUCUUGGAGACCUCAAUUUAAUUUUCAAUUUUAGAAAAUUAAAAUUAUAAACAUCCCACUAGAUAUACUGCUAAUCCAGAUUUCUACACCUGCACCAGUUUAUUUAAUUCAAGUCUCUAAGAAAUUUACUAAUUGGAAAGUUUUGUCUAUAAAUCUCUAAGAAUCUGAAUAAUUCAACUUUAGAGAGUGUAAUUAAUUUCCAAUAGAACAAAAAUGUGAUGUAUCUUCAUAUUAUAAGUAAAGGUAAUAUCAGAUUUUGAUAAACCUAACAAAUAUAAAAAUGGGGAUAUAAUAUUGUAAAUUUAAUGCUCCUGUGACUCUAGAGCUAAUUGUAAAGUGAAGAAAGGUAUGAAAUAUCUUCUACCUGAAAUCUCAUCCUGAUUCAAACCAAAAUUAAUGUAUUAAAGCAAUAUAACACCAGUUUCUAAUCUAUCAAUCUAUUGAAAUUUAUUUGUAGGUCUGGCAAAAUUUAUUUUCACAUGAGAGAAUAUUUCAAAUACUCACCCUCAUGUUUUGAAAUCUUUGCAUAAUUUUGUAAACCCUGUUAUUCAAACUAUAUUAUCUUUAGUUUAAAAAAUGUGAAGCUAGUUGUAUUAAUAAACAUGAUAGAGAUUUUAUGAAGAGUCCACUGAUUUAGGAGUAUUUCCACCAUUCUUAGUGCAAUACUUAUGAGAUGACUAAAUAAUUUUUAAAAUUAUUGAAGGAAAAUGAACGAAAACAACUCCAAUUAGGCUAAGAAUUUGUAUAAUGUGAGACAUGUAAUAUUAUUUAUUGUUUUUUCACGAUAAAUACAGUUUUAUUCUAUCUCAUCCGUUUCCGAUGCCCUGUAAAAUAGUGUAUUGAACGAAUAGAUAUCCAUGCUUGCCUAUCCAAUAUCAUAAAAUAUAUUUGAUGAACUAAUCAUUUUCAACAUGAUGCAUAACAUUAUUCAGUAGAAUAUUAAGAAAGUAUUUCAAUGAAUUUGAUAGAAUGUUAGGAUGUAAAAUAGUUUUGCCAUUUUUAAACUUUGAUUGAUUUAAUUUUUCAUUCAUGGAUAAGUCGUCUACUAUUGUGAGACUCCAAACUGACAGCAUUUCUAAUAAAUAACAUUAAUGCUG